GGAAGUAGCUACCGGUGAAUAUCAGCUGUCGGUAGUUUCUGGAAUGGUUUCUCGGUAAUUCUGCUGGAAACCACCUCAUGGAUGAGGCAGCGAGUCAGCUAGUAACUUCCUGCCUGCUCGCUGCGCUGUCAUGGCGGACGAACAUGAAGGGACGGAGGACCGAGGUACCAGAGAGCCUGAGCGGCCGCCAGCAGCGCGUGACCCGGCGGCGACAGUCCCUCCGGGACUGGGCUCCGAGAAGCAGGCACCGAGGAAGAAGUUAGUCCUUCACAUGGACCUGAACAACACCAUCCUGGUGUCGGAUUCGGUGACCGGACAGGGGACCGUAGCCGCUCUGGAUUACUUCCUCACCACCGUCACCUGGGGGCGGAUGAGCGAAAGCGGAAAGUGGGAAUGGUUGAGUGACUCCGCCUCCAUGUUUCCUCCCUGCAGCGGCGCUGCCAGCUACUACUCUCAGUUCGGACGCUCGCCGUGCUUCACCUCUGUUGCUGGGCGACGCUUCCGAGGACUUUUGGAGGAACAUCUAGAGCUGCUCCGCUGGCCUGAGGGCGCCAAGAAAGACCCACAGCUGUCGGUCAGAGGGGAGGAUGGGCGGCUUUACCACUGGAUCCUCCCUUCCUUCUUCCAGCUCAUCAGAGACCUGGCGCAGGAAGGACGAGAGUUCGCCAUUGUUUUCCGCACGUUCGGAUCAGACCUACCUCGCGUGCUGAGGGCUAUGAGUCGAGCGCUGAAGGAGGGGCUUCAUCCACUGUUCCCUGAUCUGCCUGAGCUCCAGCUCAGCGUGGACAUGACUCCAGGAAAGAUCCGCUGCAGCAGAAGAGGGAUCGUCCUGAGCCGCGCCGAGGACCGCCUGUCCACCAGCAAUGGGGAGAGAGGACUCUACCAGUACCUGAGCUCGGUGCAGGGUCUAGGGGGCUUCCAGGACCACUUUGACUGGUGGGCUAGCAACACCUUCUCCAUACGAGGAGGGAAACCGCUGUGGAUUGACCCCUUUGACCAGCAUGUUCAGCACAUCUUCAUAGACGACAACAUCCGACAGAAUGAUGAGGACACCAUAGUCAGUCCCAAGGUCUUCCUGGAGCCGGGCGGCUCCGACACUCGUCCUGCGUCUACCUCUGAGCUGUACGACAUCUCUUUGGUCCGGACGAACCUCCUGCAGGCCAUUUCAGACCACAGCUACUUCACUGGGCGGGUCCACAUCUGUCUGGAGAACUAUGAGAGGAAUCUCCAGAACGGCUUCACCGACUAGGAGCCAGGCUCCUCCAGUUUCUGUGACUCUGUGAGCGGGUGGGGGCUCUAUGGGGGUCAUCGCCCAUGUAGGUGCCGUGUAAAACCACCAGGAGUUUCCAUGAGCUUUCAGUGGAUUUUGUGUUGCACUGAUGAUUAUUUAUUAAAUAGUCAAUUUAGGAUGAGCUAAACCUGUCAGGGGUACCGACAGUUUGGGGCUAGCUUCACAGCCAAGGAGAUGAUGUAACUUUCAUCCUGAAUGUGAGCUUUGAUUAGAAAACGACGACAUAAGAUGUGACAAGCAUUUCCAGAUCUUCAUCCGAUUGCAGGGAAGUACCAGAGAAACCUGAUCGGUCUGUUGCUGAUGUGAUCAGCUCACUGCAGGUUCUAACAUCUUAUGAGACCUGAACACAUCUCCAUCAUGUAAAGUCCCUCAGGUUCCCCACAGCAGCAUCAGAGCUCAGCAGGCAGACGGGUCCAGCGGUGGUGAACACCAGCCCAAAGCAGACAGAACUUUCUUACUGGGCUUGGUUCUCCACCUCUGGGCCGUAUUUACCAAACUUCUCAGAUUGCUUUUUUAACCAUUACUCCUUAGACUCCCAGUCUUAAGAUUAAAAGCUAUUUAUCAACUUUCUGAUGUCUAAGAACCACCCCUACUCCUGCAGAUAUUUCAGACCUCCAGAGGUGUCUGUAGGGGGUAGAAGCGGCCACUAGAGGGUGGUAUUGGACGUUCAGGGAGCUGAAGACGUUUUAGCAUCCCAGUUCUUCCCUGAAUAACAUCUGAUAACAUCCCUUAGGAUAAAAAUAACUGCUGGCCACUAGAUUAUGCUGUGGCCUUGCAUUAAUAGUCGACAUAAGAUGAAGCAAGUUGUGUUUUAAAAAUGCAUGAAAAAGGCAUAAAGACAGGUGGCUAUUUGGUGCUAAUUCAUGGACUCACAGCAUGUCCAAACAGCCCCGAUAUGGACGAUUCAACAGUUCAUGCUGGGAUAUGGGGCUCAUAAUUAAGAGGAUCGACGUGUCCGUUCCCCCCCGCUGUGCAAAUCUUGAAAUGUAUUUUCUGUGCAUUUUGGUGCCGUGAAUCAACACGUCUGAAAGAACCUUCUCAUAACAGAAUAAGAAAGUUUUAAUUUGCCAGAUUUUAUGGCAAUAUUUUGGUUACAUAAUAGACCUUUUUCACACUUCCGGGUUUUAAAGCGGAUGUGGGGUUUGACAACUUCCGGUGGCUAUAGCGUUAGCAUAAAAGUCUAAGAAAAUGGCUC